ACCGUUGGUGAGGGUGCUACGAAUGGUGGAUGGGGAUCAUAACUCCAUGGGGUAUCUAUAUGAGGCCAUGGAUAAGGCCAAAGAGGCGAUUCAACACUUGUAUGGGUCAAACAAGACCAAGUAUGAACCCAUAUGGCACAUAAUUGAUCGGAGGUGGAACCAUCAACUCCACCAACAUAUUCAUGCUGCUGCCUACUUCUUGAAUCCCAAGUUUUUUUACUCUCCGAGUUUCAAAGCAGAUGCAGAGGUUAGAAUUGGCCUUGACACAUGCAUUCGGAGAUUAGUUGAUGAUGAGAUCCUUCAAGACCUGAUACUUGAUGAGUUGCAGAGUUAUAAGAAGGCCUUAGGGGAAUUGUUUUCUUCACCUGAUUGCAAACGUAGGAGAGCCACCUUACGACCAGAUUUGUGGUGGGAAGAUUAUGGUGCCACAACGCCUAAUCUUCAAAAGCUUGCCAUGCGCAUAUUAUCACAGCCUUGUAGUGCUUCUGGUUGUGAGCGCAACUGGAGUGUUUUUGAGAACAUCCACACAAAAAAGCGCAAUAGGUUGACUCAACAACGCUUGAAUGAUCUUGUCUAUGUGCGGUACAACAUUCGAUUACAUGAGAAGAAGGUGCUAGGGCAAGAUUCACAUGAAGCACUUGACUUGGAUGACAUUGAUCCAUAUGCAGCAGAAUGGGUUGCUUCUCCUGAUGAUGUUGAUAAUGAUUUGGAUCCAUUCCUUACUAAUGAGCAGCUGAGUGAGUUGGAGAGGGCAGGAGAGGAAUGGGAUGCGGAAGUGGCAGCACGUGAGGAGGAGCAGGAGGUUGAUCAUGCAGAAGAGGCACCUGUUAGUGUUGAGGAUGUUGCCACUACUUCAGCACCACCCACCCAGCGGCCACAAUCUAUUUUGAGCUUUAGUCGUAGACGCAAUUUAUGAUUUCUUAUUUUCAUAAUUUCAUUGAUACCAAACUUUGAACUUGAUAUGUAAUCAGAAUUUCAGAGGUUCUUGUUUUGUGGUCUAUGACUCUAUAACUCUAUGAGACUGUCACUAUGAAACGUUGAUAUGUAUUGAACUCUUAUACAUAUGUUGCACUUGGUUUUUGGUUUAUGCUAUGAUACUUGCAUUUGUUGCUAUGUAUUACCAAAAAAAUUUGAUUUAUAUAUCAUGGAAAUCAUAUAUGUUAUACAAAUUUGGUGUAAAUGUGUGUUUUUGAAUUAUAUAUUAAAAAAAAAUGUAUUUUCAAAUG